AUGCUCUUCGCAAGGUCAUCAGCACUGCGCACCGCCGCACGUCAGGGACGCAACUUUUCGUCCACCUCGACAACUCGUGCCUCUGCUCCUGAAAAAGCCUCCUCCGCCAUCAACGACAUCUCCAAGAAGGCCCAGGAGCUCGGUGGCCCCGCGCUCAAGCGCGUCGAAGGCCUCCUCGGCGGAUACUCCGAACCUAUCAAGUACAACUUCCAGGUCGCCUCGAACAUCGCCAAGCAGGUGUACAUCGCCGAAUCCCUCGCUCCCCCCACCAGCGUCAACUCGAUCACCUCCGCAUACCGCCACAUCUACUCCAAGAUCUCCGACAAAACUUACUGGACCCAACUCCUCACAAAGGGCACCUGGAAACAGGUCGGCAUCUACGCGGUGGAGGCUUACGGUAUCUUCACCAUCGGCGAGAUGGUCGGUCGCAGAUCCCUCGUCGGCUACAAACUCGACACCUCCAACCACGCUCACCACUAG